CUUGGCGAUUCGUGAGAUUCUGAACCCAACGACAAUUGGUUCCCGUUUCGGACCUUCCGAAAGCGGAAAGGACGCUCUCCGAGUGCAUCCCCUCCCGAACAGACACCUGCUGCAGACAUAAGCGACAGGUAAAUUCCAUCGCUUACGGCACAACAGCAAAUGGCUCUCCUCCGCAGCCAACCAGCGACAGGGCGGGUGCUUCUGCGCGGAGAUGCGCCUGUCAUCGCAGCUCCUCGUCCUCUCUGCGUACGCAACAUUUCGGCAUGCGCAUACCUCGAAGAGAAGGCCCCGCCUUCGGGCCCUUCUGCCAAGCCUUCCCAACCGAUUUUUCACAAUCAACUCGAAGCUCUCAAAAGCAUGUCGGUGGUCGUUGCUGAUACGGGUGAGCUGGAGCUGGUGAAGAAGUACCACCCGCAUGACUGUACCACCAAUCCCAGCCUCGUGUACAAGGCCCUUUCCAUGCCGGAGAACCGGCACUACCUAGAAAAGGCUCUGGCGCAGGACAAGCGGUCACCUGAGCAUGCCAAACCCGGCGUCGUACGGCCGUACUCAGGAGUUGCCGACCAGCUAUCUGUUGAUUUGGGUUGCGAGCUGCUUAAGGUCGUACCCGGACGGGUGUCCACCGAAGUGGACGCUCACUUGUCGUACUCCAUGCAGGCGACGGUUGACAAGGCUCUGCGGUUAAUGGAGCUGUAUGCGGCUCACGGCAUUGAUCCCUCACGUAUUUACAUUAAACUGGCCUCUACCUGGGAGGGCAUUGAGGCGUGUCGCCGCCUUGAGCGCCAAGGAAUCAACUGUAACAUGACGCUGCUCUUCUCAUUUGCCCAGGCGGCGGCUUGUGCGGAUGCAGGUGCAACCCUCAUCUCGCCGUUCGUGGGCCGCAUCAUGGAUUGGUACAAGGCCAAGGAGGGCCGGGAUUUCGCCCCCAGCGAGGACCCUGGCGUCCUGUCCGUUCGGCGGAUCUACAACUAUUACAAAGCCCAUCAUUACAAGACCAUCGUUAUGGCUGCUUCCUUCCGCAACGUGGGCGAGAUUCGCGAGCUCGCCGGCUGCGACAAGAUCACCAUUUCGCCGAACCUGUUGGACGAGCUGGAGAAGAGCACUGCUACCCUGGACCGCAAGCUGAGUCCCGACCGGGCCUCCACCGAUGUGAUGAAGCUAUCCAACAUGCACGAAGACAUGUUUAACAAGCUGCACGGGUCCGACCAGAUGGCUGUGGAGAAGCUUAAGCAAGGCAUCGAAUUGUUUGCUGCGGACCAGAAGAAGCUGGAGGACUUACUGGCCAGCAUUGCUAUGGCCAAGGUCAAGGAGAAUCACUGACAGGGACGCGUUUGCCUGGGUGUGAAAUCAUUUUGUGCCUUCAGACGGUCAUAGGCACCGUGGCUGCUUGAACGGCGAUUAUUUUGAUUGUAUGGAAUCGUGGAUGAAUGUGUAUGUAUGUAUGUAUGAUGUGUACAUGCUCUUGUCGGCAUGAUUGAGUCUCUUGUUUGGUAGGGCCACCAGGAAAGAGUGAAACACGCUCGCCAACACAAUACAUAGUGAUUUCAAUCUGGAAUGGCGCCGACAGGUAUGCAACUAAUAAAAACAAGCCAGAAAAAGCCAAUUGCUUACGACGUUGACAUGCACGUUGCGCAUGUCCAUAUUGGCAACGCAGCGUGGCUAACUUCGGGGGUGCCAUCUUGUUUCGAGAAGGGAAGGGUGUUAAUCUGAAUUAGCAGAGACGUGACAUGUAAUUAAUGUCGCAUGAGUCUGCUAUCACA